AUGUCGUCCGAGAUUAAUAAUUUAUUUUUCUAUUCUCUUCAUGCUAUGCCGUUUUUGAAUCACACGGUUGAAUCACAUUCAUUUUUAUCUAAUAUAUUUUCACCGAAUGAACAACCUGUUGAAACUUUAUUAACAGAAAAACAAAAUUUAUUAAGUGUAUUCAAACUUGUUAUGAAAGAUUUGCUUAAUUCAAGUUUGAGACAUGAACGUUUAGUUGAAAAAGAAUAUUUUCCAUUAAAACAUUUUUUUGUUGUCUUAGAACAUAUUCUCUUACAUGGCUAUCAAGGCAAAAAAUCAUUUGUAACAACAUCCUCAAAUCGAAAAGAUUUGUGGCCACUUAUUGAAUUAAUUGUUCGUAAAUCUAAUGAAACUGAUAUUUGUGAUAUAUUUUUAUCAUCAAAAGAAAUGACAAAUGUAAAAACACAAAUGGGUCGUGUUCGAGCAUGGCUACGUUUAGCAUUAAUGCAAAAACGUUUAGCCGAUUAUUUUAGACUAUUAAUUGAACAAAAACAAUUAUUAAAUGAAUAUUAUGAUUCUCAAGCUUUAUUAGUAUCAGAUGAAAUCAAUAUUGUAUCGGGUUUACUAGUCGGUUUAAAUGUUAUUGAUUUUAAUUUUAUUGCUAAAGAUACAAAUCUUGAUUAUCCAUUACAAACAACAAUUAAUUAUAGUCUUUAUUUAAGAGAACGACGUAUACCAUCUAAAAAUUUUAAUAAUCAUUCGGAAGUAGAUGAAUUAGAUGAUUAUUCAUCAAUAUCAUCAUCAUCUUUAUCAUCAAAUUCACCAACAUCUACAACAAUAACGUCUAAUAAUAAUGAUUUAAUUGAAAAUAAUAACAGUGAUGCAACAUCAACAAUAAAUAAUGAUUAUAUUACAUUUGAAAAUAAACUAACAAGUGUACUUGAUCAAAAAAAUUAUUUAGAAGAAUUAAAUAGAAAUUUACAGAGAGCUACGAACAAUCUUCAAGACCGUUUUUCAUUAUUAGAACAAACGUAUAAUAGUUUGAAAAAUGAUUUUAAUGUACAAAAAAUUCGUAUCGAUACGUUAGAAGAAGAUAAUGCUAAAUUAAAAUUAGAAAAAGAGCAAAUGCAACAAUCAUUUCAAACAAAAAUUGAUGCAUUACACAGUGAUAUUGCUGUUGAACGAGAUACUUAUCAAAAGUCAAGAAGUGGUCUCGAUGAAAUGUAUAGUGAAUUACAAAAGAAAUAUGAUGAGGAAUGUCAAACAAAACAGGAAAUGAUUAAAGAAUUUGAAUUACAAAUGUCCAUGAAAACAGAUUAUGAAAACGCAACAAAAAUGAUGGAGAAAGAUUUGGAAGUAAAAACAACAUUGUUCAAUCAUAUGAAGGAGCAAAUAAACGAUGUUAAAAAUGAAAAUAUUAAAUAUUAUGAAAAAUUACAGACAGAGAUUAGUCGAUCGGAUGAAAAAGAACAUCAAGUUCAGUGUUUAGAAAAAGAAAAUAAAAUGUUACGUGAAACUAUUAGUCAAUUAGAAUCAAAUAUUGGACAAAUAAAUAAAGAAAAACAUGCACUAGGUGAUACAAACACUCAUAUAAGUCAAUUAGUAUCAAAAGCAGAUUCAGAAAAAUCAAAGCUUGAAACAGAUUUACAUGUUGAAAAAGAAUUUCGUCAACGUUUACAGCAAACAUUAACGACCGAAAAAGAAAAGGUAUCAAAAUUACAAUUUGAAAUACACGAAUUAAAUUUAAUUAAACAUGAAUAUGAUACAUAUAAGAAAGAUAUGAGUAAACAGCAUGAAGAAUUAAAAAAAAAUUAUGCAGAACAAGAAGAAACAAUCAAAGAAUUAGCAUUCAAAUUAGAAAUUUCAAUUAAACGUGAAGAUGAAUUUCGAGAAAAAGAUGGUUAUCGUUCAUCAACAUGGGUGAAAGAUGAAGAUGUGAAAGAGUGUAAUCAAUGCCGUAAAGAUUUUAAUCCAUUGUCAAGACGCAAGCAUCAUUGUCGACAAUGUGGAAAUGUGUUUUGUGAAGCAUGUGCAAGUACUAGAUUAUCAUUACCUAGUUCAAAUAAACCUGUUCGAGUAUGUGAUGCUUGUCGAAAUCAUCUUCUUCAACAAUGUGCUGUAAAUCAUUCUUAA